ACUUGCAUUUCUUUUCCUGCAAAACUUCUACGAGAAGCUUUACUGUGUUUCCUGUGCGUGUACUGCAACAUCAACUGGGGAAUUCUAAAUCAAGUCUUUCAAAACCGAGAUCAGAGUUUGAGAAAAUGUCUGCAGAAGGAACAGAAAGUGUGAUUGGGAGUGAGGUGAUGCCUUUAGAGUAUGGGGGUAUGGACUCGGAGAGUAGUCCAUCCCCAUCUAGUUCGGAGAAGACGGUGGAGGGGAUAAGAGAGGAUGAGGUGGUAGAGGUUGGGAGGAACGAGGUGGUAGGGGUUGAGGGAGAUAGCAUACCCAUUACGGUAGUAGAAGUAGAGGGUAGAGGGGAGAGGGAUUAUGAUGAGAAUGCAGAGAUAGUGGAGGAGGUGACACAGUAUCGAUCUGAACUAAGGACCAGGGAUAGCCUGGGUCACUUAGUAGAAAAUUACGAAAUCUCAUCACGAGUGCUAGUUAGGCCAGCUGGAGUAGAGGAAAGGGCAUGCUCUGCUCCUCGGGAUCAUUGGAUGCCCGUAUACUCCCAUUAUUUGUAUGCUGGCCUUAAGUUUCCAAUUCCGGAGUUGCUUGUAGGUUUACUAUUAGAUUACAACAUAGGGUUGACACAGUUGGUCCCCAACGCAAUGAGGGGAGGAAGUAGGAGGGAUAAGGGGUGGUAUUAUUUCACCCCUAGGGUAGCUAAGAAGGAGAGUAGGGUUUUAUUUACUGCGGGUCCUUCAUCCAUUAAGGGAUGGAAGGAAAAAUUCUUUUUUGUUGAUGACACGGAGUGGGGUAAGGGGGAUGCCGAGGUGAGGGGGAUGCCGAGGGGGGGAGAUAUGUUGAACAUCAUGGACCUCACCAGCGCAGCAUGCAUAGAGGCUGCUGAGCUCUAUGGGCCAAGCGCCCUGAGUGAAGCUGAAAUGGACCAAUUUCUGAACACUGUUGGAGGAGCGCCCAUCCCCAAGAAGCCAAGGAAGAAGUCAAAGACUUCAACCAAGAAAGUGGAUGAAGGGAGGACCGGGAAGGAGGUAGUGCCCGUGGCUUCAGCUGAGACAGAAGAGGAGGUGCCAGCGCUGAAGAGGAAGGGUUGGGAGGAGAGGAGGGCACUGCAAAAGAAGCAGAAAGUGGUGGAGGAGGAAGAGGGGAAUGGGGUUUUUGAGUUCGUACCUGAGCCUCCUCCUGUUGAGCUGAACCCUGAGCUCAGACGGUUGGAGGAGGGGGCUGAGGUACGGGCUCCUGGCAAGGGAAAGGGCCCUGUUUCCCCGGUGGUGUCUCAGAGCAGCCUGUUCGAGGCGAAGAACAUAAUGGGGGCUAGGUGGUUCAUCAACAGCACCUUCCCUGAAGUGGACAAGCGCAACGCGCGGGAGGAGGCUCUGAGGUACGGGGGAGCAUCCGUUGUGAAGCACGUUCUUGAGAGCGCGAGCUGGGUGAAUGGUCUAGCCCAGGAGUUCAGGGAUGGUGUGAAGGAGCGUGUACUCUUGCAGAGGCGGUGUGACCAGUUGCAGAAGGAGAAGGAGGAGCUUGAGAAGAAAAAUAAAGAUCUGCAAGAGUCGCUGGACGAGGCGCAAGAGCUAAAGCUGACAAAGGAGGCUUUCUUGGAGCUGAAGGGGAAUGUGCAGACCUUGGUGCACAAUGGGAUGAAGGAGCACAUCAGCAACUUCAUCAGCUCCAGCUCGUUUGACAGCAUUGUCAACCUAUAUCGGCUUCCUACUGCCAUCAUCGCGUUCACGGACUGCAGGAAGAAGGUGAAGGCAGAAUAUCUCGAAGUGGAUAUUACGAAGAUCACCUUCGGAGAGCAAGAAGAAGGAGUGGAGGAAGAUGGGGAGAGCAUGUCUGCAGACUUCCGUCCUCAGAUCAAACUGAGGUGGGAGGAUGAUGCAAACGGACGUGCUGUUUUCCCUCCACAGUUCGACUUCGAGUUCGUGGCAGUGGAGGAAGAAGGGGCAGAAGUAGAGGAAGACGAGGUGGAGGCAGGAGUGGAGGGAGCUGAAGUGGAUGAGAGCCAAGCAGUUCCAGAAGUGGAGAUUCAUCCAGUUCCCUCCGACGAUGAGCAGCCUCCUCUGUCAGACGAGCAGCAACCAAGACAGCCACCUCUUCCAGCUGAACAGGAGCCGGUGGAGCCACCUCUUUCAGCAGAGAACUAAUUUUAUUUUAUUUUAGUAUUAUUAUUAUUAUUAUUAUUAUUAUUAUUAUUAUUUUAAUUUUUGGUAGACUUUUAAACAGUUUGUAAUACUUGUAUUAAAUGAAAUUAUAUAUUUGUUGAUGUUUGGUUUAUAUUUUUAUUAUUUUGUAUGAAUAAAAGAACUAAGAGUAU